AUGAACUACAGAAUCAAUGCGUUUACAGAUUACAUUCUGUUGUUUGGAUCGUCUGGUUUAGCAGGAAAAGGCACUUUGGAAAACAUGCUGGACAUAAAUUUUUACAUUAAAAAUGUUUCUGAUCUACAAGAUAAGCUCAAUAGCUUAACUGAAAUAAAAGGAGAUGUUGUACUCAAUAAGCAUGUUUUUUGUAUUAAUAGAAGGAGCAUUACUGAAGAAAAAUCAUUCAUGAAAUCUAUUGAUUACAUAAAUAUGAAAUCAAUUACUUGGAAACGUGGGAGAUAUUAUUUAAGAAGCAGAAAUGAAAAUGAAACUAAAAAAAUACCCUCUAAUCCCGACACGUUUUGUUAUGAUGCUUUUGAAGAGGGAUUCAUUAAGAAAACUACUGAUGAGAACGGAAAGGACAAUUUUUGCAUACCUUAUAAUCAGAAACGGUUUAGCUAUGCACUGUAUUAUGCAAGCGGAAAAAAAGAAGGUUUUGAAAUCAUUUAUAAAUUCACUGUAACGCAGUUGAUAAUUCCUCGAUCCGAAAAUUGGUCAAGAUUACUUUCGUAUAUUUUUUCAGGAACACAGAAGCUUGAAAAGUUUGAUGCGAACAAUAAAACAUACGUAGCUGGUAAAAGUUUGCCCAACUUGCGUGAUAUUAGCACCAUGGUGUGCACUUUGGGCUCUACUUCAGCUAGAGUUCGUAGAACCCAGGUGCCAAAUUCCUUUGUAGAUUAUUCCUUGCCUUUUAGUUUGGCUCAAGAAUUUACAAAUACAACAGAUAAAAGACUAGUGAUAAUAACUUCCUUUAAUAAUAAAUUUCUUAGCACAACUUUCGAGUAUUUUAGAAUCAAGGCAAAGUUGGAGAAUGAUUUGGAGGAAGUUUUGCCAAAUAAACCAAAGGAGCUCAUUAUUUUGAGACCAGGUCCGAUGUGUGGACAGCAUGGAAAUUCUAUAAAAGUUGAACUAGAUGUACAAGAAAACUUAACUUUUUCAGAUAAAAUCCUGUAUUAUCCUAGAUAUCUCCUGAUGUAUAAAAAGCAAUAUAUUAGCGAGGUUAGAAAGAUUGGUUUAAGAACAAAGUUAAGUGAACUUAUUGCUUCGAGCACAUACAGGAUGCCAGGGUCUGCAUUAUUAGGAUAUUCCGUCCCAGUCUCAAAAGUUUCCUAUGUUGCGUCUUUGAUGGCUAUUGAAAGAAAAAGCAAAGAGGCGGGACCUAAAAUGGAAGUGAUUAAUAGUUAUCAAAUUGAUAUGAUUGCUUGA